AUGGCGCCGUCAGAUGUGGCAAUGAUCCAGUUAUCCACCGUCGCAGGAGGAAAUGAGCAGUGUCUGAACGACAUUGGCGAACGCGUUCAAGAAAAAGAAAAAGCCCGAGGCAUUGGCUUGGAGAGUCUGAGAAGGAUCCAAGAAAUUCUUCAAAAAGACCUCGUCAUGAAGUCCCAUGUAGACGUAAACGACUGGAAUGACAACUUAGGUUUUCUUCAAGAAGCGCAAAAGUCUCGAGAGAUUCUCGUCGGUGUUACCGGAGAGACUGGACUGGGGAAAAGCAGCCUGAUCAAUGCACUAUUGGGAUACAAUAUUGUACCUACCAGCCAAUCCGAGGCAUGCACUGCUGCAGUCUGUAUUUUUGGCUGGAACGACGAAAGAAAGAAGUUUAAGGCAUCCAUCACUUUCAAAAGUCGGGAGACCGUUGAGACGGAGCUUGACGCGCUCAAAGAAGAAAUGGCGGACCUGGCAGAAUCUAAAAAAGCACGAGGAGAUGAACGUGACCCAGACUUUGACCUUCGGUGGGCCCAAGUCAAGCAGCAUAUUUCAAACAUCGAAAACUGGUCGGGCCUCUCUCAAGAGCAAAUCAGAAAUUACUCACCAGCGAGAAUUAUCAAGGAAUCCAAGGGAGCAUAUGAAGAAGUUUAUAGAAGCGGGAAAGGCAACAAGAGCCAAAAAACUUGGAAAAAUGUGACUGCUAUGAGUCAAGACGAAUUUCUUGCAAUGCUGAGACCUUACGUCGACAGCACGAAAGUCAAGGGUCACAGCACUCAGGCCGACAAAAAGAAAUACUGGCCUUUGGUUGAACAGGUCGAGAUCUUCCUGAAGUCCGAGGUCCUUCGUAACGGAGUCAAGAUAGUCGACCUUCCAGGUGUGAUGGAUGCUCUCGAGUCUCGCGCACAGGUGGCCCGCAACUACUACUACCGACUUGAUAAAAGAAUCAUUGUGACACCGGCGACAAGAGCGGCUGAUAACAAAGCAGCCGCAGACUUGAUUCUAUCGGAUCAUGAUAUUAAUGAUCUAGACAUGGAUGAUAUGCUGAAACGUGACGCGCUUUGUAUUGCGGUCACAAAAAUUGACGACAUCGAUAUCACAUCAGCUGCUACUGAGUUUCCCACAGAGGAGAUUUUAGACAUCGUCAGUAAUCUUCAACGGCUGGAAGGCAACGAAGAACAGUUAACAGAUGACGAAGAUGAUGAUUACGAUCAACAUGCUAGUCAGAACUGGUCCUACAGACAGGUCACUUCUGAGAAUGGCAAUACAAAGCGACAGAAGAUAGAUGGACCUGCCGGCCACAGCCAUACCGCUACAGAUCUCAGGUUUCGUCUGAGGGAACUUUGCAUUCAGCAGCGCAACUUUGAACUAAAGAAAGACAUCGAGGAAAAACUUUUCGAGACUUUCAAAAGAAACAAGGCAGCCAAAGAGACUGCAGAGUCUUUGCCAGCAGUAUUUCCGGUGAGCAGCAAAGCUUACCAAGAUCUCAGAAAGCACACAACGUCAGAAAACUCGAUGGGCUUCAGAGAUCGACAGUCAACUGGAAUCCCAGACUUGAAAAAAUGGCUAAACUAUGUCUCUCUUCCUCAAAGGGAGGAAUGGGUAGACAGUGAUAUCCAUCAUAUUCAAGUUCUGCUUGAUGCAGCUGACGGAUGGAUCCAGAAUGAUGCUCAAAGUCUUCCGAAAUUAACAGGCGCCGAAAGCUCCAUAGUGAAUAAGACCAUACUUUCUUCAACCAAGCAAGUGGGAACAAGCGUCAAUACAAAAGUUCGUACUAGGCUCCAAAGCAACCUGAAAAGCCUAAAGCCUUUGCGUGACUACACUUUGGUCAAGGCAAAGCUCAGCAAGAAUUCCAAGAAUGGUCACGAGAUCCAAAAGUCCUUUACUAACCUUCUUCGCGAAGUUUCCGGCUGGAAAUCAAAGAACCCCCAAGGCAGUACUUUCAAUGAGGAGAAACAUAGUCCAACUCAUUGGGCUACCUACAGGGCCUGCAUCAGAAGAAAUGGAGGCAUCUUCCAACGGCCGGCGAGAAACGGAAGGUCUAAGUCCCAAAUCCAUUGGAUGGAGGGCAUACAAAAUGCCUUCUGGAGAGGACAUGGCAGUAGAUGGAGAGAUCAAUUCACGCGGAGAGUUCCCGAAUUCAGAUCAAGAAUUCAAGCUGCAGGGCUCAAUGCCUUCAGAAACUGGAUCACCCAGAUAUGCGAGGAUCAAACGCUUCCCGAGCCCUUCCUAGAACUACUGAAAAGCAAUGCAUACAAGCUCGAUCAUCUAUUCGGAAAGUACAUUUCCGAAGUUCGUGGUCGCAUCGCCGCAUUCCAGAUCGCCUCGAGACUUAAGAAAGAGAUACUUUAUCAACUCUUUACCAAUGAAAUGAAGCCGGGCUUCCGGGCUGCGUUGAACCACAAGGGCAGCGGUUCCAUGAAAAAGCAAAUAAGCGAAGUCAACAAAUUCACAGACGAGAUCGGCUUGGAUAUGUUAGAGAAAGGUCGCAACGAGUUGGAGGGUGUUCUCGUUGAAGAAAUCCGUCGACUAUCAAAGGAUGUAGGGAGCCUCUGGUCUCAUCCAAAGACAGGUUGUGGGGCUCUGAUUCGAGACGAGAUGUUACGAGUGGCCGGUCGUCUUAGCAAAAAGGAGGCCAAGCACACUGCGUUGCAGACUAUGAGCGAUGAAACCAGGUCCCAGAUCGGAAAUGUCAUCACUGACUGGAGACGUCAAUGGCAGUCCGUUUACGUACGCCUUCCUCAUAUUGAGUUAGAGGACUGUGAGGAUGAAGAGGACAACGAAGACGACAUCAUCAAAGCAGAGGAUGAAGAUGACGAUGAAGAAAACGGACAUGGAUUUGAUGACAAGCUUCAAGCAAUCAAGGUCGAACCGGCUGACGAUAGAGUCACUGGAAGCUUGGUGAAGGGGUUCGAGAUCUGA